AUGGAAAAAGAUAUUAAAGACGAAAAAAAUAAACUAGAACAGAUAGAUCCAUAUACGUCUCAGUAUUCUGAUACAAAACAAAAGAUAGACACCAAAUUUAUACAAUGGAAUAGCGAAUAUUCAGAAGUUACAGAUAUAUCAACUAAAGAGUUUAAUAAAGACAAUAUAUCUUUACAAUCUAGCAAAAAAAAAAUUCAUGAAAAAUCUAAAAUCUUACCACAGUUUAUGCCACAUCAACAAGUAACUGAAAAUGAGCACUUCGAAAAAUUAAACCCAUUUGAUAUCAAUUAUAUCAAAAAUAUAAAUAAUAAUAAUAACUUUCAUAGAAAACCGAUUUUUUUUUCAAAUGAACAUAACAAAGAAACACAAAAUCAUUUAGAAAUGCAAGCAUCAGACGAUUUUAUUUCUAACAACAUAAACAAAAUCAACUCAAAUAUUUAUGAGAAUAUUUCUAUGAAUUUAGCUGAAAAACAAGGAACCCCUGAAAGUGCUAUAUCAGUUUCAGAAACAUAUGAGCCUAGUCGUCAGUCAAUAAUUAACUUAGAAUCAAACUCUAUAAAUCUAAACCAAAAUUUCUCAAAAAAAAGUACAAUUGAAAAUUUUAACAAAAACGAAGAAAAUUUGUCUAAAAAUAUAUUUGAAGAGGAUUAUGUAUCAUCAAAAACAGUUUUUAUAGAAGAGCUAUCUAACUCUAAAAAUAAUCAUACAGAAAAAGAUAUGCCCGUGAACAAAAAAGAAAACAAUAUUAUAUUAGAUUUACAUACAAAAUUUGAUCACGCUUCUACUCUUUUUCAAACUACAGAUAGCGAUGAGUCUUCUUUUUUCAAAGAUAUUUCUGAUACAAUCAUACCAGAUAAAAAUUCGAAGAGUCACAGAAAUAUCAUUGAAAAUGAUAUCAUUUCUAAUCAAACUAAUUAUAAUGAUAUUUGGAAAACAAUUGGUGAAGAUACAGAUUUUUUACCAGAUGAAAUUCCACAUAUUAAAAAUCAUACCAAUUCAUACAUAAAUAACAUUAAAAAUGGAUCAGGUCUAAAAACAGCGAUAUCAAAUAAGGAAAUAAAUUCUUUAUUAAAAAAUAAUACAGAAGAUUGUUUUAAUCAAAUCUCAAACGCAUCAUCAUUUUAUUUAGAUAAUCCUAAAUCAAAUGAAACCUCAUUUGAGAAACCUAAUAAUACAUGUUCAUAUAAUAUAGGCCUUCAAACAAAUAUUCUAGAUAUAAAUAAAUUAAAAGAUGCACCUAGUCAAUUUUUAUCAUCUCAGAUACCAACCGAAAGUUAUUUUUCAACAGCAAAUCUAGAGCAAAAUGAAACAGCUCUAAAAUCCUAUAUCUCGGCUAAAGGAGGAUAUUUAUCUCCCUAUGACCUUCCUAUGCAAAUUAUACAUAAAUUUAAACAUCCAAUAAAUCCAAUUUCUAACAAAUAUAGUGAAAUACAAAAGCAUAAUUACUCUUUAAAUCAUCCGGAAACAAAUAUCAAUGAGCCAAAUGCUAGACUUUAUAAUCUUAUGCAAAAUAUAUCAAUAAAUAAAAAUAUUUCUGAUAAUCCUAUAAUGUUUCAUAAUGAUACAGCUUCAAAAAGUACUAUUAAUCAAAAAAAAUUUCAAGAACAUACACCAAUCAAUACGCCUAUUCUUAAUAUUAAUAUGCCUUCUAUACAACAAACAUUUAAAACUUAUGAAGAAAAAACAGAAGAAAAAAACAAAAUGUUUCAAGACUUUCCCUUAGAGUUAUCCGGAAAUUCAAAAAUCCAAGCACAAAAUAUUCAUAAAACUUUGCACAUAGCACAUAUUCAAAAUUCAAAUACAAGAACAGAAUAUCCGAACACACAUUUUUUCACAAUCAAUCAGCAAAACCUUAAAGAAAUUGAUCAAACUUAUUCUGAAAACAAUCAAAACAUUCCCAAUAUCCCAGAAAGUAACUUUUUAUUGUCAAAUAUGCCACCUAGUAUCAAUAAUCCAGAAACCAAUAUACAGGAAAUAAAUUUAAAUUAUUUUUCAUUAAAUAGUAAAAAAACACAGGACAUAUAUGAAAAAUCACGUAUUCAAAAAAAUACACUUAAAUCAAAUGAUAUUAUUGAUCCAGAAACCAAAGUAAUAAACAGAACUAAUUUAUAUUCUCAAUAUUCUUCAGUACCAUAUAAUUCAAAAAGAAAUAUAUCCAACAAUGAAGAUAUAUGGGAUCCAAAUAAUAAAAAAUCUCUAGAACAUCAGCAAAGUUAUCCAUUUACUUCUAAAUACGAACCAUAUUCUCCAUCUAUAAAACAGAAUCUAUCACCCACUUUAGAUUUUUCUUCAGAUACAAAUAAUUCAUAUUCACAGUCAGAAAAACAGUAUGAUACAUUAAUGAUAUCAAAUGAAUAUUCAUCAUUUGGAUUACCAUCUCACCUAGCGUCUGAUAUUUAUAUUAACAAUUCUUUAUCAAAUGGAAAUGAAAACUCUAAAAUAUAUAAUUUUCAAGAAAAAUCUGAAACUGCUUAUCAUAAAAAUGACUUCAAAAAUACUAAUCAUCCUAUAUUAGUAUGGGGAUUUGGCGGGAAAAUUAUAACAAUAUUUCCAAACAAAAUAAAUGUUUCUAACAAUACAGAGUAUAUGCAUUUUAAUUCAUCAAAUACCUUUGGAACAUUAAAAAUUUCAAAUAUUAGAUCAUAUGUCGAAAAGUCUGAAUUAUUACAACUAAUGCCACCAGGGCCAUUGUUUUCAACUUCCAAAAGUACUAAUAAGACCUAUAAAAAAGAAGCUAUUAAGUGGAUGAAAGAAAAAAUUCAAUUGUUAGAACAUAUUGAAAAUUACGAACAAAGUUUUUUAAAUGAAAAAAUACUUUUAUGGAAAAUAAUAUAUGUAUUGCUAGACAAUAGUAAUUCUCCAAAUCAAAUGGAAACUAUUCAUUUAAUAUUAAACUUAUUGUAUCCAGAAUUACAACUUCUCAACAAAAAAGAACACGAAUUUACAAUUACAGCAGACUUUGCAAAUCACAGUUCUAAUAUAAAUGAAAAUGUUCGGGAAAUAUCAUCAUAUAUCGUUACUCAAGAGUCUUUAGAGCAAAUCAAGCUCUAUCUUUUAAAAGGUGCUAAGGAUAAUGCUCUCCAAUUUUGUUUAGAUAAAAAACUCUGGUCUCAUGCUCUUUUAAUAUCUAGCUCUAUGAAUAGAGAAGCAUGGAAAUAUGUAGUAAAAAAGUUUAUAUAUUCUGAAAUUGAUAUUAACAAUAAAAAUUUACAAAGUCUUAAAUUCUUUUACGAAACAUUAUAUGAAAGUGACUCAGAGACAGAAAAUUCUAUUUUUUUUGAUAAAAUUAUUAAUACUCAAAUCAAUAAAAUAGAUAAAUCUUGUCAAGAUCACUUAAAUGAUUGGAAAGAAAAAUUAGCUAUAAUUCUUUCUAACCCAAAUGAUAAAGAUUUUACUAUUAUAUAUAACCUAGGUAAAUCACUUAUAAAGAACAAUAACAUAAUUGCCGGACACAUAUGUUUUUUACUAGCAAGAAAAGAUAAUGCAUUUUUUAUCUCAGAUAUACCUAAUUCAGAUCUUAUUUUGAUUGGAGAAGACCAUAUGAAAAAUUCAUCCUUUUAUUGUGAUUUAGAUAAUAUAAUUUUAAACGAAAUUUUAGAACUUUGUACAGCUCUUAGAUCUCAAUCACCUUUUUAUGGAUAUGUUCAUCUACAAGCAUACAAAUUUUAUUAUACAGCUGUAUUAACAGAUUUCGGAUAUAUAUCAGAAGCACAAAAAUAUUGCGAAUCAAUUAAUGAUAUUAUAAAAAAAUAUUCUAAAAGCUCAGCAUUCUUUCAUCCAUUUUUUAUUCAGCAAUUUCAAGAAUUUUCAUCUCGAUUUUUAACAUGUGAAUCUCUUGAUUCAUUAUCAUCAUGGUUUGGAAAAAAAAUGACAAAACCUAAAUUAGACAGUUUUUGGGGAUCAAUUGAAAAUAAAUUAAGUAAAUUUGUUGCAGGUGAAACAGGUUCUAUUGAAUCUCAAAAAAAUUCAAAUAAUGAUUCAAAACCUUUUGUACGUCUUGCUGAAAAAGCAUCACUUUCUAGAAUUCACUCACAAGCAAAUUUUAAAGUACUAAAUACAUAUAUAGCCACUCCUUUUCUUAUGCAAGAUGAAAAUAUUCAUCAACAAAAUCAUCAAGAAAAACUAAUAAAAACAGACCAAAAUAACUAUAAAAUUUCUCCUAAUUUAUUUACAACUAAUUCUCAAGAUCAUGAUAUCAUACUAAAAAAUAAAAAUUACAAUAAUUUGACUUAUCAUCAAUCAAUACAAGCAUUUGAUAGAACUUCUCAAGACAAUAGCUCCGAUAGCGAUCAAUAUUAUAAAAAAGCCAUUACACUAGAAAACGAUUCAGAAGUUAUUCUAGAAAGACAAAGCAUUAUUAAAGAAAAUAACGAAUUAAAACAGCAAAAAGGUGAUAAUUCUGAUUACAUAGAAUCUAUGGAUACGUUGACUAAUCAAUCUUAUAAUGCUAAAUCCGUAUCUCAAGACUUUUUUGAUACUAAAUUUGAGUCACAAGAUUCCUCCAGAUCUAAUCAUAAACCACAAAAUUUAGAUAGCCUUAAAGUUGAAUCACAAUCUUCAAAAAAAGAUGAAGAAAACAAAAAUAUAAAUUCUAGUUGGUUUAGUAAAUGGUGGGGAAAGAAAGAGCAAUCUAAAGAAAAAAAAGUAUAUAAAGCAAAAUUAGGAGAAGAUAAUUCAUUUGUUUACGAUGUAAAACUUAAAAAAUGGAUCAACAAAAAAGAUAACCUAUCAACUUUCGAACAAAAUAUAUUGCCACCUCCACCAAAAAAAACAGAAUCAUCUCAUUCUAAAGAACCAGUGAUUAAAGAAUCACAAUACUAUGAAGAAAUGCCUAAUAAAUUAUCUUCUAUUUCUAUAUCUCAAAUCGAUUCGACAAAAAAUCAACUUUCAGUUAAAUCAACAAAUAAGCCAAUAGUAUUAGAUGGAAAUACACUUGAUGAUUUACUUGAAAUGGCAUCAAAACAUUCUUCGACUAUUGGGAAUGCACAAGGGAAGUUAUUUAGUAGAAAAACAAAAACCAAGAAUACUAAAGAUAAAUACGUUAAUAUAAUGAAUCUAACACCAUAA